AUAAGAAUUGUUGUUGUAUUUGUGGCAUUUUCGCAAUGUUGUACAACCAGAGCCGUAAUUGCGGCGUAUUUCAUGUUUUGUUUCUUGUGGGCAAAUCUUUUGUGAAAAAAGAUUUGAUUUUCCGUGAUGUUUAAAGUUCAUAAAAGUUGGCUGUUUUCCUCGCAGAUGUCCAUUUUUGCUUGUUGCUUCUCUGAACCCAAUUGCUCCAGGCGUGUGAUACAGAGGCAGCAAAAUCAAGAAAGUCAAGAACAUGUUGUCGUCGCUGUACAUUGGGUUUUCAGUGCUGUUUUCAGUUUUGGUGAUAUUCAAUCUGGUUGGCAACACUUUAGUGAUCUUAGUAGUACUACGUAACAGGUCUAUGAAGACACCCACCAACUACCUCCUCGUAAACCUUGCAAGCGCCGACAUAGUGGUCGCCUUUUUUAUCGGUAUCCAAUUCAUAGUAACACCAACCUUCACCCACCCCCAAGGGACGUUAGGAGCAGUGCUCUGUAAGAUAGUAACAGGUGGUACACCAGGGUGGGUUGGUGCUGUCGCUUCAGUGUUUUCGCUGGUGGCCAUAUCAAUUGAACGUUACUGGGCUGUUUUGCAUCCCCACAGUCAGAAAAUUAAACUCACAAAGACAAAAAUUGUCGUACUCGCUCUUCUUUCCUGGAUAGCGUCUCUCACUUGGGCAAUCCCAGGAUUUUUGGCUACCACAUACAUCAAAGAAUUCAAAGGUUGUGCACACAGCUUUUCCAAACCAACCUAUGCUAAGCUAUAUACUGUUGGGUGGUCAGUGGUGGCAGGUGUUAUCCCUAUCAGCAUCAUGACCGCUUUAUAUUCCAAGGUGGUUUAUCGUCUUUGGUUUGUGAACAACGCUACAACUGAAAGUACCCAGCGUGCACUACUGCGAUACAGAAAACGCGUCACCAAGAUGGUCAUAUUCGUUACAGUUGUGUAUGUGCUGUGUUGGGUCCCCGAGCUGUUAAUUUACUUCUUAGGUUUCACUGGCACUAUCACUUUACAGCCAUUUCACCAUGCUAUUGCGUCUGCUUUGAUUGUUUUCAACUCCAGCAUUAACCCAACCGUUUACAGUCUACAGAGUAGUAAGUUUAGAAAGCAUCUUGGGGAAUUAAUUUGUUGCACGAAAAGAAACGUGGUCACUCCUUUCAAAAAUAGUGGCUUUACAGUUGAUGGCAAAUCAGACACCAUGGAAAUGGAACGGGACGUGCCUUCAACUGCCGAGUGAGCGAGCGAGAGGGUGAGUGAGUGAGAGGGUGAGUGAGUGA